AAAAAUGACUAGUAGCAAUGGCUGGUUUCAGAGUGCUGGAAUACCCACCUUUGAGCCCGUACAAAAGAAAACUUUGCCGGCUCGGGCUCCUAGGCAGCCACCUUCAAAGAAGUUUUCUCAGUCUGUGACCGUAAGGCCAAAACUUCCACCUUCUGAGAGGUGCAGUGCACCAAAGAUGAUGCAAAAUUCAGAACCUUUUCUUUUGAAAGCAGCCCAUGCACCCCCAUUGUCAGCACCUCCUCUGAAGAAAGACCUAGAGGAGUUUAUUGCAAGAUAUGAACAGGGAGUAAUAAACCCAGUGUCUGCCUUGCAUCAGUUUGCACAAAUGCACCACGUACAACUUGAAUUGAAAGAAACUAGUGUGGCAGGCAAUGUCAUAAGGCCUUAUUUUGCCUUCUGUGCUGUGGUGGAUGGUGUGUGCUACAAGACUGGACUGGGAAAAAACAAGAAGGAAUCUAGGUCAAAUGCUGCUAAACUGGCUCUUGAUGAGCUACUUAACUUGGAGUACCCAAGGGCAAAGGCUUCUGAAAAGUCAGAGGGAAGACAUCUUACGUAUCAAAAACUUUCACAGACACUUGAAGUAGUAUUUAACAGCCUGACUGCCAAACAUCCUGAGUACCAAAGUUGUGGCAGUUCACUGGCUGCCUUCAUCGUUGAAAAAGGUGGACAGCAUGAAGUUGUAGCUCUAGGAACAGGGGAAUGUAAUUACAGUCAGUGCUUUCAGCUUUGUGGAAGAGUGUUGCAUGACAGCCACGCCAUCGUUAUUGCAAGACGUUCUCUACUUAGAUAUUUUUAUAGACACCUUUUGCUGUUCUAUAAUGAAAAUCCAGCGAGGACAGAGAAAUCCAUAUUUUGCACAGCACCAGGCUCGAAGCUGCUUACCCUAAAGCCAAAUACAACUAUCUUUCUCUACAUGAAUCAGCUUCCAAAAGGAACUGCUCAGUUAAAAUCACAGGUACGUCUCAGUCCACAAUCUCUCUCUGCUUAUGAAACUAGUGAAGAACUGAAUCUCCAUGUUGCUAUAGAAGGCAAGAUUUACCUAACUGUUUGUUGUCCACCUAAGACUGUUAGAGCAAGCAGUAUGUCAGCUAGCGACAAAUUAACAAAAUGGGAAGUGGUUGGUGUUCAGGGAGCAUUGCUGAGUCACUUCAUUGAACCAGUGUAUAUCAACACCAUUCUUGUAGGAAAUGCAAAUUGCAAGGAUACAAGAGGGCUAGAAAUAGCUGUAAAACAGCGUGUUGAUGAUGCACUUACAUCAAAGCUUCCCAUGCCUUAUCUGGUCAACAGAUCUCAUACUUACCUGGUGAAUGCUGCACACCCAGUUCAGACAGACUUUAAACAGUCGUCUCUUAGUUUGAAUUGGUCUUUGUCAGAUAUGUCACUGGAGGUUGUGGAUGGGUUAAAUGGAAAAGCCACUGAAAGCUCACCAUUCAAAAGUGGCACUUACUUGGCAAGUCGCCUUUGCAAGGCAGCAAUGUUCAGUCGUUUCAGAUUGCUUGCUAAGGAAGCGGAACGGAAUGAUUUGCUUCAUCUUGCAACGUACCAUGAUGCUAAGACUCAAUCUGAAUUGUACCAAGAAGCUAAAAAAUUGCUGCAAAGCUACUUAGAGCAACAUGGUUAUGGAUCCUGGAUUGUGAAGUCCCCACAUAUUGAGCAGUUCAGUGACUAACUGUGAGGUGGAUUAUAUGCGAAGUCAGUUUGGAUUAUUUCUUUCAGUAAAAUGUCAUUCUGAUUAAUAAAAUAUUUAACUGUAGGGUUCAUAUUUGCAGCAAGAAAAUUGUUCCAGAGCUGCUUCCUGUGAAUUUAAAUGCAGUUAUUAAACCAUCUGUAACAGUUUAGUCUGUUCCAACAGUUGAUGUUUUCUCAUAGGUAGGAGUAUCUUAACAGCUUUGCAAAUCUGUUUUGUUUUGCCCCCAAUGCCACAUCAUUUCUGCUCCCCACCCCCAUGGUGUUAUUAACAUGUUUUUUUCCUGUUAGUUUCAGGAUUGCUGUGUAUUGAUCUCUUCUUUUUCCCCACCUUUUUCAUAACUGUCUUUUAAGAAGGAAGAAAGUCAGUAAAAGUUGGAUUUCUUUUUAAAAAAAAAACAACAUACCAAUGUGAGAAUCACUUUUGGAAACAAAAAUUGUCGGUUUAUGCUUUAUCUGUAGGCAUCCUUUCCUGGUCAUUUUAAGACUUUUUUUUUUUUAAUAGCAUGGAUUUGCCAAGUGGCUUGUAGUUUACUGUAUAUUGUUUGUGAUAGAAGGCUUAAAAAUAAUUUGUGUACUUCCAAAUGUACUUCCAAACUUUGAAUUACCAAGCAGUUACUCAAAUGUUUGGUGACAAUCACUAUUUCUGCUAGUGGUUUUGAAGCAUUUCAAAGGUGUCAAAGCUGUAAAUAACAAAAUAGUGUGGUGUAGUACGGAAGUCACCAGAAGCAAGGCUCCUUCAACUUCUGUGGGCUGCCCCAGAAACCAUCAGAUGUUAGUGUUUGUCAAUUAGUUGGACUCCUUCACCCACAGACUACUUUAUCACUGUACUGAGAAGUCCUUGCAGAAUCGUCUGCAUCCAUAGUCGUCUGAAAAAUGUUGCCUGUCAAGAGGGAAUCGCUUCUUUGUUAAGUUAUGGUAAGAAUAUGGUAACAUGACAAUAUUUAAAAGGAUGUUGUUAAAUACCAUACUUGGGGGUUUGUGUGAUGGUGUGAAAUAUUAGUGUAUUUAAGCCAGAUAGUACACUUU